AGUCUGGAUCUGGCCUGAGCUCCUACUGAGCAUGACUGCAAGGUAUGGAGGAUCGAGCCAGGAUCGAGGAUCGAGGUGCUGAGUGGUGGCUGUUCUUGGCAGGUCCCAGUGCCAGUCCCAGAGCAACCAGCAGGGUUUCCCAGCCCUGUCUGGUUGAGGCAGCCAGGCACUGCGGGUGUUUGCAGCACUGAGGGUUGUGACACCAGGAACAGAGAGCAGCUCCUGAUCCUCAGCUCUCCCCAUGUGCUGCAGAGGCCAAAUAUGACCACAGAGAUGGAUGGCAACUGUGCCAUCUGCCAGGACACCUGGGAUAAUGUGGCUUCUGCUCUGCCCUGUGGCCACCUUUUCUGCCAGGUCUGCAUCCUGCAGUGGGCACAGAUAAAUCCUGUGUGCCCACUCUGCAGAAGAACGAUAGAUACUGUCAGGUUUUCUGACAACACAGACAAGUCUCUGGAGAUUGUCAUCCCAGCCCCCGAGCAGCUGCCAGCAGCCACGAGCCAGGCAGGGAGAGCUCCUGGUGGCCAGGAUGAGAACAGCCCUCAUUCCCCCUGUGCUGCCCCAUCCCUCUUCUCCUCAAGAGACACCACCCCGAGCUGUCGGCGGUGUCCUGCCUGAGGUCUGGGCACAACUUUUCCGCCAGCAACGGGAACUUCUGGACCCUGUGCGGACUUGGCUGCGCCAAAGGACAGAGACCGUGUGUGGGGAGCUGUGGUGGCUGGCAGAGAGCUGCAUCCUGUACCUGCUCUAUGUGUAUGGGCCACACCAGGAGAUCAUGAUCGAGGGUUUGCAGAGUGUCCUGGAGGAGCACACAGUGCCACUAAUCCAGGACACCAUCGACAUCAUUGUGAGACACUGCAGCUCGGGGGCCCAGAGGCUGCUGCGCUCCAGUGCUGCUGCGGAUGAGAAUGACAGCCCAGCAGCCAGCAGCAGAUCCAGCUCCAGCUCCAGCUCCAGCUCCAGCUCCAGCUCCAGCUCCAGCUCCAGCUCCAGCUCCAGCUCCUCCAGCCCCAACAACCUGAGCUCCAGCUCCUCCAGCUCUCAGAUGGGGACUCCAGCCAGCAGCAGCCCUGCACUCUCCAUGGAGGAGGAGGAAGCCACCACAGGAGCCGCUGCCCAGCCCAGGGGGGCACAGCCACCCCCCAAGUGUCACCAUGUCCGCAGGGCAGGACCGGCCCCAGCAGGAGCCAGAGCAGGAGGUGAUGUUGGCAGGUUCAUCUGCCCAGAGCAGCAGGCCCAGAUCUCCUGAUCCUCAGCAUCCCCCAAAGAAAAGGGCCCCUGAGCCCCAGGACUCUCCCCCCACCUGCAAGAGAUUCCCCCGCCAGCAGAACUAAAGGGCCCUUGCAACCCUUUAUUCAGGGAAAAAGAAAUAAAUUGUUAUUUCCCUUAC